ACUCCUGGUGUCCCACGUAAUAAUUCAGAAGCCACCUGUUAAAUAUACACGUCAUUAGGUAAGAAUAGAAUCGAAAGUAAAACCCAACUCCAUGAUUAUAUUUAUCUUGGUAAAGACUGGUGAUUCAUGUCAUACCAGGGACUUCACCAUAGCAGAACACAGUUUAUUUGAAGAAAAAUGCUGCAGGCUGAACGUUAUCUUCAGACAAAACUAAAAUCUUACUACAAAAUCCUAGAGGAUCAGAGUAAAGCAGUACCAAAUGAUGCCAGGCAGAUCAGAUACUGUAAGUACAUCACCAGAUUCGCUUCUCAUUUCGGAGCCGAGCGUUGUGAGGUGGUAGGGAGCACAAUAGAGGGGACACGACUCCGAUCUCAUAAAGACGAGGGAGACUAUGAUUAUCUGAUCAUAUCAGGAAUCACCAUUCCUGUAGAGGCUUUAGAACACAGAGAAGACGUUCCAUGUUUUGUACGCGUACUCUCAGAUAAACUGAAGGUAUCUUUCUCUAGUGACCUUGUGGUAGAUGGAAAGUACCUUCAUAGUCGUAUACUGAAAUAUCUGGAUAAAGAAGCGUUUAAAAUAAUCCGGGGGUUAUUUCAUGUAAUCACAGUUCCCACACAGAAGAAAGGCUCAGAACACAUGGAAUUCAAUCGAGAGGCCAAACCUGGAAUGACCCAAGAGCAUUUUGCUGGUGUUGAAUUACUGAAUGAAAGUAGUUCUGGUGGCAAUCAUUAUCAAACAGAAGCAGAUGAUCGUAGAUAUACUGGAAACACGGAUCAUUAUUUUAAAUCAGUAGUUGAAUCCAGCAAUUUAACACCGAGCAUGAAGAACCUUCUAAUUAAUCUGGUCAAUAUGAUUGCUGAAUCGACACCACAAGAUACUGCGCUGUUUCACACUUUCGGUGGAUUGAUAGAAGCGGUUUCGUCCUCUGAAGUGGGGAGAUCUUCAUCGCCGCAAAAAUUGCGUAAACACGACCUACAGGAGGGGGCUGAAAACCCUGAUGGAAUGUAUGACGAAUCUGCUCGAAAAUGCAUCGUGAGGUUCAAUUAUAAAAGCAGCAAGGAUUUUAUUGCCGCCUUUCUAAUUGAAGGAAAGCUAAAAUGUCUUGAAGAAUGGAAACAGCGGAUGAUGAAGAGAGAGACGGUAUUUUGGCCGAAUCCUGAGACUGUGGAAAAGAUAUAUAAUUCAGAGGUGUAUAUUGUGGCCAAACCAGCUAUUGUGGAACCAAAGCAGUCAAUUGAUUUCUGUCUCGGGUUUAAUCAAGCAGAAUUAAUUUUAGCACAUUCUCUGGGUGCUGACCAAAAACUCUGCCUGUUGCUUUUGAAGUCUCUACAGAAAGGUUUUCUGGGAAGUUUCUCCAAGACUCUGACAACUUUUCACUGGAAAACUGCGUUUUAUCAUUCCUGCGAGCAGAUAGACUCAAGCCUCUUUGAUCGGAAAUCAACUUUACUUUUGGCUCUUAACAUGGUCCUAUCUUAUAUGGCGGAAUGUUUAGAGAAGGGCUAUCUGAGGCAUUAUUUCAUAGAGAGCAAUUUGAUAGCACACAUUUCACCAGAGGAGGCUACUGGAAUACGAGAAAAAAUCAACGAAAUCAUACAGGAUCCUGAGGUCCCCUUACAAGUUUAUUUUGAUAAGACAGAUAAGGAAAAGAAACAGACAGAAUUAAUUUCAGAAAAAGAGUUACGUCAAGUAAAACCAAAUGAUUCCGAGUCAGCGAAAAAGUCAAAGUCCCAUAAACUCAUCGAAAUGUGGUCCCAGUUUCAGGAAGCAUCAAAGAGCGAUGAUUCCAAGUUCAACAAGGCGCUUCUGGAUACUUUGUAUCUAGUUCUCGAAGAGGAGACAGACUUUGACGUCAAAAUACCCAGGACCUCUACACAAAGUGGAGGGUUACCCCAACUUUUAGCACAAGCUGCUCAAUAUAGAACGGGAAAUUUUACAGACAGAGAAGAAAAGAAAAAGGCUCUUAACGAGCUUAGAUCUAGUGCUUUACAAAUGUUGUUUUCUAUGUCGAAAAAAUAAGACAUUGUCCUCCUUACACGGUUAUAGUGUAUUGGUUAUUUGCCUACAA